UCCCACAAGGCCAUAGACCUCUCUCUCUCUCUCCCUACAGCUACUGUACUGGACAUGAAGAGCAGGAAGGGCUAUGGGCAGCAGGGCCAUCUGCUGAGCCCGGUGGGCAAUCCACCAUCGGACAACGAGUCCGGAGCCGCCGCGGCAGCAGCGGCUUCCGGGUGCGGGAGCAGCGCGGGGUAUGGCUGCGGCGGUGGCGGCGACUCGCCGGCCAAGGAGCAAGACCGGUUCCUGCCCAUCGCGAACGUGUCGCGCAUCAUGAAGCGGUCGCUGCCGGCCAACGCCAAGAUCUCCAAGGAGGCCAAGGAGACGGUGCAGGAGUGCGUCUCCGAGUUCAUCAGCUUCGUCACGGGCGAGGCCUCCGACAAGUGCCAGCGCGAGAAGCGCAAGACCGUCAACGGCGACGACCUGCUCUGGGCCAUGACCACGCUGGGUUUCGAGGCCUACGUCGGCCCGCUCAAGUCCUACCUCAACCGGUUCCGCGAGGCCGAGGGCGAGAAGGCCGCCGUCCUCGGUGCUGGCGGGCGCCAUGGCGAUGGCGCCGCGGACGACGUCGUCGCGCACGGUGGCGGUCCGCUCCCUGCAGGCGCCCUCGCGCCGCCUGGGGCCGGUGACCGCGUUGGCAGCGCGGUCCACGACGGCGGCGACGCCGGUGGCCACGACGCGCACGUCGGGCUCAUGAUGGGGGUCAGCGUCGGGUUCAGCGCGGGGGGCGGGACGUCGUACUACACGGCAGCGGCGGGAGGCGGGAAGGCGUACGGCGGGGAGGGGUCGAAGGUGGUGGAGUUCGAUGCCAUCGGCGGCGAGGAGGAGAACGGCCACGGCGGCGUGCAGAGGGGGUUCGGCGGCCACCUCCACGGCGCCGUGCAAUGGUGAAAGGACUUAACUAGGUGUAGGGCGGAGGCAUGUGCAUGGUGCUGCUGCACCUGUGCACUGAUUCCUAAUUAAUUUGCGUGUUCUUGCUGUUGUUAAUCAGCAGUAAUACUUUGACACGUCUCCUAAAUUUCAGUCACGGGGAUUGAUGUCUUAGUCGAUGAAGAACGGUUGCCGCCGGCGUGGUUAGGGGAAGGAUUCUAUUUCUGAUGGGAUGCAGGCUUAGAGGGAGGUCGUGAGGGUAAGCUGGUCCAGUGGAAGAUGCAGGUGCAUGGGCGGAGCGGCGGAAACCCCGUCGAUCGUGGUUGGCAGAGGACUGCUAGUGGGUGGUGUUACGGUGAGAGAGAGUAGAGAUGGUCUAACUAAGUCAUGUUAGUACAGUGAUAGAUCAGAAGCGUCAUCGGAGAUGGGUGAAGGCAGAGGAAAGUGGGGAAGCGAGUCGGCAUCAAAAGAGAGCACGAGAGCAAGAGUAGGAGAUUGAAGAUGGUUGUGAGUCGUUGAAUAUGUCAUAGCCGUGAAUUGAAUUUUUUUUUUGAAAAACAAUAUUCUCACCCAUAAUUUGAGUCUGCUUUUGCAUCAAAUGUUUCAUGAGUUAAAUUUGAAUUUGAACUAGAAAGAUUUCUCUUGGCCUGGGAUAAACUUAACGGCAAAUCGCAUUGAAUUGUGACAUGUCAACUGCAUACUCUGCUGCCCGGGAUUAAUUUGUCAAUAGUAAGAGCACAGUGAAAAAAGUAGAACUAAUCCACACGAUGCUGCACUAGUUAGUGUAAGUCAAACUAUGACAUUCAAGAAAUUAAUCCGAUGCGGCACCCUUUACUGGAUUAUGAACGAUAUAAUUGCCAAUUGCCACCUCCAAAUUACACUUGAGCUACAGAAUCUUAGAGACUCGUACUACACAUUUCCUAAGGGAUAAUGCUCGAUUUUUUUUAAGGAACCAACAGAAGAACAGUCUGUUAUAUUGAUCAGACAAAAGAGUACGACGGGCUAAACAAAAAGUUUUAG